AAAAUGCAUUGGACACCGGAGCAUGCCCAGAAGCCAGAGCAUUACCCCGACAUCUCAUUUACAACCUCCUCUCCAGCACCCAAACCAGACGAUAGCAAUCUCACCCAGCAACGUCACCAGUACGUAUGGGCGAACGACAACAUUUCUGCACUGUCUGCUUCCAAUCUGCUGAAGAAGUUUGCAGAGAAAUACUCUGGGCUUGUGAACUCUUCAUAUGAGAGACCUGAGCUAAAUCCUUAUGCAGAUGGGUCUUUUGGGUCAGUUCAUGAGCAAAAGAGUGAAAAUGAUACCUGGCAAAUGUCACUGAGUGUAAAUGAUACAUAUUCUAUAAACUCAGUCCAUGAGGGCCUUUCUGGCAGUAAAACAGAAACUCAUCCCACUGUCCCAGCAGGUGACAGCAGUGUAGGGAUAGGCAGUUCCUCUGUCACAGCCAAUAGUCACUCUGAAUCUCGCUAUCCAAAUCAUGUAUGUGGUCCCACCGCUCUCCCGAGUCUUCAGUCUAGCCUUGUCCCAGUUGGAACAUCUCUGGAAUUCUCAUCAGGUUACAAUGGUACUUACUUACCCUCAGCUUACUGCAGCCAAACAUCACUGGCAGCCCCUUCCUCUUAUUCUUUACCUUUAAGUAGCUCGAGCCUUCUACAGCCAGUGCAUCCCACACCCACUAUAGUCCCAUCUUACAGUUCAGCUUUAGCUGGAGGAAGCCCACUGCACACGUACCCUUCAAAUAGAGACCCGAGCGAAUCAAGCAUGGGCCCUGGUUACACGGGGGCCCAUCUCCCAUCUUCGUACGUCCCCUCGGGCAUUCCAGCUCCUAUUCUUCUAACCCCUACGGCCCGACCUUCCACUGUCUCUGGCUAUGAUAACCAAAGGCACAACGUGGCUCCUGGCUCAGUGUCGCCUGUCAACAAUGGCUCGGGCAGAUCUUUGAAGAGAAAAGCCUCAGCAGCAAAGGAGCUGGAGAGUACUGGUAGAUACAGAAGGUACAAUUAUGGACCACAAAGGACUAUUUCGGCGGCUUACCAGUUGCCAGCAGAUGUUGGUCCUGAUGAUUGCAAAGGUGAUGGCUUCGGCAGAAACAAUGAGGUGUUGUCUGUCGAGUCGAAGAGGAAACAAGGUCUUGUGGAUGAUCUUAUUGUCACCAGCUGCAGAGAGGAGCAGUUGAAGAACCUGGAUUCUCAGCUUUUAAACCUUGUGACAAAUGAAGUAGUUGACUGUGGUCCUCCAGUACAACGGGGCGAUAUUGCUAGACAGGAUAGUGUGAAAGCACUGAUUGAGGAGCACGUGUUGUGGCCCCUGCUGAGGCCUGUGGCUUACUGUGGUGGAAGCGAACCACCCAAAAGCAUUUUGGUGUUCGGACCCUGCCGUGGGUGUAAAACAAUGCUCACAAGGUGUAUCGCCUCCUGCCUCGGGGCAACCUUCCUAAAGGUCAGUGGGUCAUCUUUCAUCUCCAAAUGGAAGGGAGAUGGAGAGAUGAUCUUGCAGGCUAUGUUUCUCACGGCCCAAUCCCUUCAACUGUCUGUUAUCUUCAUAAAUGAACUCAAUGCUAUGCUCUCUAAUACUAGCAGUGAAGAGAGUAACCAUCUAAGCUAUAUUAAAGCCAAACUAUUGUCUCAUGUAGAAGGCAUGGUGAACUUGAGCAGUGACCAUAUCAUAGUCAACAAAGGUACCAGGCAUCUGGAUGACAUAGAGGAGACUAUACACAGGUAUUUUGUAAAGCGACUUGACGUCUCUCCAUCCGACAGCAUUGCAAGAUGUCAGAUUUUAAUCUAUGGCUUGUCUCAACAAGACCACAGCCUGAGCGAUGGGGAAAUUUGCACCAUACAGAGGGGUAUUCUGGGAGUGACCUGA